AAAAAAAAAAUCUAAAGAGAGAAAGAAAGAGGAAGAAGUGAGAGCUGCAAUGGCGGAGUCUCAUUCUCUAAACACCCAGCUCUCCUCUCGAACUUCCAUCUUCGGUUUGCGUUUAUGGAUCGUUCUCGGCGUUUGCGUCGGAGCCGCAAUCGUUAUUCUCCUCUUCCUCAUCUCUCUCUGGUUCAUACACAGAAGAAGCAACAACAACAAAGCUAACGACUCUUCCUCAAAACAAAACCACACGAUCGUCCCCGUAGUCUCCAAGGAGAUUCGGGUCGACCCAGUUCAACCCGACCCGACACCCGAGACAACAACAAACCACCGAGAAGACGACACCAAAAUCCACAUCGACAUCGGUAAAGAUCACCGUAUCUCGUUCCCGGAGCGGGGCGGUUGGUCCGGGUCAGGGUCCGGGUCGGGUGAUCAGGUUUCUUGUUCGGGUCCUGAGGUUUCUCACUUAGGUUGGGGGCAUUGGUACACUUUGAGAGAGCUCGAAGUUUCGACAGAUGGAUUCUCCGACCAGAACGUGAUCGGACAAGGAGGUUACGGGAUUGUCUACAGAGGCGUUCUUGAAGACAAAUCUAUUGUCGCUAUAAAGAAUCUUCUCAACAACAGAGGACAAGCUGAGAAAGAGUUUAAAGUCGAGGUCGAGGCGAUAGGUAGAGUGAGGCACAAGAAUCUCGUGAGGCUGCUUGGUUACUGCGUUGAAGGAGAGCAUAGGAUGUUGGUUUACGAGUACGUUGAUAACGGGAACUUGGAACAGUGGCUUCACGGUGAUGGGUUAGGAGCUAAGAGUCCUCUCACGUGGGAGAUUAGGAUGAACAUUGUUCUCGGAACAGCUAAAGGUUUAAUGUAUUUACACGAAGGUUUAGAGCCUAAGGUUGUUCAUAGGGAUAUCAAGUCUAGUAAUAUCUUGCUUGACAAGCAAUGGAACGCGAAAGUUUCGGAUUUCGGGUUAGCUAAGCUCUUGGGCUCGGAGAUGAGUUAUGUGACGACUCGUGUGAUGGGUACUUUUGGUUAUGUGGCUCCUGAAUACGCAAGUACGGGGAUGUUGAAUGAGAGGAGCGAUGUUUAUAGCUUCGGUGUGCUUGUUAUGGAGAUGAUAUCGGGGAGGAACCCUGUGGAUUAUAGCAGGCCUGUUGGGGAAGUGAAUCUUGUGGAGUGGUUGAAGAGAAUGGUGUCGAAUCGAGAAGCGGAAGGGGUUUUGGAUCCGAGAUUGGUGGAGAAACCGUCUUUGAGGUCGUUGAAGCGUACGCUUUUGGUGGCUUUGAGAUGUGUUGAUCCUAAUGCUCAGAAGAGACCAAAGAUGGGUCAUGUCAUUCACAUGCUUGAAGCUGAGGACUUAGUGCCGAGAGAUGAUAGGAGAAACUCCGGCGGCGGAGGAGGAGAUCCGAAGAAGUCACCGAGGAAGAUGAAUGUGAGGGAAUCAGAGGAGGAGAGUGUUAAUUCCAUUCUGAUCAAGAAUGACCAGUUAGCUUUGGAGAAGGAGGAGAGUCGGUAAAAAAGAGAGGAAGGAAGCUUUGGCAUUAUAAUUUUGGUACACUAUUUUAGAAGUUUUCUUGUGUGUAUGUAGUAGAUUCAUGUAUCUUUGCAAUAAUAAAAAUGUGGAUUAGAUUAAGAAAAAGAGAAGAAGAGUUUUUAUAUGUAUACUUCACAUUAGGUGAGGACUCUGUUGUAAUAUACUACAAAUGGUGAUUUGUGUUAUAGAUGUGGUACAGUUUUCUUUUAGAGAAAUUUUGGGUUCCCCUUUAUAGUGAACAUCUAAUUUCAC